AGAGAGAGAGAGAGAGAGAGAGAGAGAGAGAGAGAGAGAGAGAGAGAGAGAGAGAGAGAGAGGGAUAGAGCAAGUGUGUGAGAGAGAGAGACUGAGAGGGAGAGGGUGAGGGUUAGAGAGAGACAGAGUGAAACGGAGAGUAAAAGAGAAAGCGGAUUAGAGAGAGUCGGGUGAGAGAGAGAGUGAUAGGAGAAGGAGAGGGUAGAGAGAAAGUGAGUGAGAGGGAGAGGGUUAGAGAGAGGAGAGAGAGGAGGGAAGAGGGAAGAGGACAGAAGGGCAGAGAGAUUGGGGAAGAGAGUGAGGGUGGGAGAGAGGGGUAGAGAAAGAGAGAGAGAAGGGAAGGGAGUGAGGGGGGUGGAUUGACUUGAUCGGUUUGACCCGCACAUCGGCCUCUCACUCCCCCCACCCCACCCCCCCACGAUGGCGUACAGCUACCACGCCAACCAGUACGAGGGAGCCUUCAACAGCAGCCGGAUGAGCAGCUGGACCGUCCCCAAGACCCGCGAUCAGACUUCGAAGAAACCUAAAUUUCGAGAAGGGUCGAGCUUCUUCAUUGCAAACGAUAAAGGAUAUCUGAAGCCAGGCGUUCCCCGAUCGAAGGAGAACCCCUGGGGAACCUUCCUUGGAACCUGGCAGAUGCCCCAGCGCAUCCCGCAGCCUCGGCCCAACCUGACGGCCCGGAACAGCGCCGGCGCGGCCCGGCUGAUCGACCAAGUGAAGUCGUCGCCGCUGUACAAAGCCAGCAACGGAUUCGGACUGCAGGCGGCGUUCCCGCACUGCGUGGAGCCGGUCCUGGAGGAGACCUUUGAGGAACGCUGCGCCCGGACCCAGGACACCCCGGCUCUCCCUCCCCGGCUGUCCGCGAGGCUCGGCGACCAGGAAGGAGACCCCGAGCCGACAGGGACCCCUCCUGCCCGGGUCGGCCCUUCACCCCCCGGGACGCAGGGCAGCGGGAGGGUCGCGACCCCUGGCGCCACCGGACGGGCGUCGGCCAGCCCGGGGGGCCCCCGGGAGAGCCCUGACCCUGCCCUCCGGUGCCGGAGCCCUCUGAUUGGAUGACCUGGCAGGGUUCGGGGGGCGGGGGGACUUGGCGAUCUGUGGGGAAACGUUUAACCCAAUAAAAUUGUCGAA